AUGGCAGCCACCGUUAAGUACGCCACCUUUGACACGCCACCGGCGGCGCACCCGACCAAAUCGGCCAAUUUUGUCUCCCGCGCCUUCUUUGCCUGGGCGCUGCCACUCAUUCGCACGCCGCGCCAGCUCAACCUUGAUGACGUGUGGCACCUCACGCCCGAAACCACAUGUGCGGCCAACUCUGCGCCGCUCGCGGCGGCCUACGCCGAGUCGCCGUCGGUCGUCAAGGCCUUUCUGCGGGUCUAUGGCGGCUCGUACUUUCUCAUGGCGCUCCUCGGCUUGCUCCUCCGUCUUCUCGAGCUCGUCGGGCCCAUCGUGCUCAACAAGGUCGUCGGUGCUGUCGACGCGCCGUCAACAUUGUACCAAUGGGUCGGUCUCCUCUGUCUCUCGAUGACGUCGCAUGCCUUUCUGCUCGCGCACUGCGUCGUCCUCGAAGAAACCACGUUGGUUCGGUACGUCUUUUUUGAGAUUGCC